AUGUCAAAAAAAUAUUUUGGUGAAAUUGGGAGAAGUUGAAAGAAAGGGGAGAAGGUAAGAGAAAUACCCCGAUAGAAGAGGGGCUUAUAUUUUCACAAUCUUUCUCAAACCUUAGUCUUUAUUUUUCGCGCUGUAUUUUUUUCUAAUCAUUUUGAAAUCAUAUACCUCAAAUUCAGCUCCUUGUUUUUUUUUUCUUCUUCAUUUGCAGCAUUGAAAUUCAACAACAGCGUCAGUUAGUUCCACCGCCACAAAUCAAUUGUCAAUAAUUUUCAGGUUUACAAAUUCGAUCUUGAAUUGUAUCUUUCUCUCCACACCAUCAUGAAACCCUUAUUUUCAUUGUUGCCACCUCCAUUUUUGUGAUGUAUCAGUGGUCAGCUACAAAACUUGAUCAUUAGGUAAAUCUGCCAAUAAAACACCAAAUGGUCACAACCCUUUAUACCCUUUUGUUAAUUUUGUGUAUAGUAGUUACAUAAUACAUUACUCUUUCAUUGGUAUAUGUAAAUGUUGUACCUUGGUUACUGUAAAUUGUAUUAUUGUGUUUGUAACAUCAACAUAUACAAAAGGGCAAGCUAGGUUUUUUUCUUUGGCUCCUUUAUUUUUGUGACUGAAAGAGAUCAAUUACUAAGCAUAUAGAAGUAGGGAGUCAAAAGUUCAUGGCAGAAUGGUCAGAAUUUUCAAAAGGGUCUUCCCUUAAUUGCCUUGAACCUAAAACUUUUAGUGCAUUUCGUGGAAACGACGGUUGUCUUGUCGAGGAUGGUGUUGAUAGUGCUGAUCAUGACAAAGCUAAGCAAAAAUCUUUGUUUUGUCAAAUAUUUUCGGUUUAUGUGAAGGAGAAUGGUAGCAGAGGCAAUGUGAGGCCUGUGCCAGCGUUGCUUGGUGAUGGACAGUUGUUAGAUUUGUACCAACUGUUCUCCGUUGUGAAGGAAAGAGGUGGGUAUGAUGCGGUGUCGAGAAAAGGAUUGUGGGAUUCUGUGAUUGCGGAACUUGGUUUGGACCUUCAAGUUUUGUCUUCGGUGAAAUUAGUUUAUGACAGAUAUCUGAGUGAUUUUGAAAGUUGGCUUAGCAAAACUAUUGAAGAGAAGAGUUUCAAAAAUGGGAAUCAUGGGUUGUUUAAGUCGUUGCCAUUAGAUCUAGAGAAAGAGUUUCGAAGCCUUUUAUGCUCAAAUCUAAAGGACAAAAAAGAUGAUGAUUUUGUCGAGUUAGAAUCAAGUAACAUCAUAAAGCACAUUGAUUUGGUUAACCAAAAGAGUGAUGGUUUUUUAUUGGACACCAAAAACCGAAACAACAAAUCCGAGGGUGUCCAACAUGUUGAUGGUGAUGGUGACGAUGAUGAUGAAAAUUUCAGUAAGGGUGUUAAGGAUGAUCUAGCUGCCGCUUGUGUGGAAAUUUCUGGGAAGGAAUUUAAUUCCCGCAAACGCAAACGGGAAGAGUUAUCAGGAAUGGUAAACUGGAUGAGGCAUGUCGCAAAAUAUCCGCUCGAACCUGUAGCUCAGCCAAUACCAGAACCAUCAAAGUGGAAGGAGUAUAAAGGCCAUGGUUUUUUCCCUCAGAUACUGAGGGCAAGAGAUGCUCGGUCGGUGAGAAAGCACACAGAACCAAACAGUGGAUCAUCUUCUCAGAAGGUGAAGAUGCAUCCUGCCAUGUAUGAUGAUCAUGCUGCUCUCGGUCACCACGGUACAUUGAGGGUGCGAUGUAGCGAAAGGCAGCCUGUCUCUGUGAAAUCCCGCUGCUCUUGCUGCACCUCAUCGUGUACUGGCAAUGGAGCUAAAUUGCCCGGUUCCAGCAAUAUAGAGGCAGAAAAAUGUGCUGCGGAGAAAUCAACUGUCAAGCAAGAUACAGUUACCGAAAACAAAAAACCGACGGCCAAACAAGAUGCAGCGACAGAAAAAAAGAAAACAACUGCCAAACCAGUUGUGGCAGCUGAAAAGAAAAAGUCUGAGGCAUCUUGGGAUCGUGCUCGCGAAAAACAAGUUUGUAUAGGUCCUCUUUUCCAAGUAGAAGUCCCAGAAUGGACUGGUGUAGUUUCUGAGAGUGACUCUAAAUGGGUAAGCACACAAGUAUGGCCUGCUAAAGAUGACUCAAAACCUACUACCAAAACAGCUCUUAUUGGGAGAGAAAGACGAGAAAAGUGUGGCUGCAUUGUUCAAGGUUCUGUUGACUGUGUCAGAUUUCAUAUUGCUGAAAAUAGGAUGAAACUGAAGCUUGAAUUGGGUUCUGUGUUUUACCAUUGGAGAUUCGAUCAAAUGGGCGAGGAGGUUUCGCUUCGAUGGACAGCUGAUGAAGAAAAGAAAUUUAAGGAUGCAAUGAAGCUGAAAAUUCCCUCCCAAAACAAAUCUUUUUGGAACAAUCCAUCCAAAUAUUUUCGAAAGAAGACAAGAACAAACAUGAUUAGCUAUUACUUCAAUGUGUAUAUUAUUCAACUAAGAAGCUAUCAGAAUCGAGUGACUCCAAAGAAUGCUGACAGCGACGACGAUGAAGUGGAAUUCGGAUCUUUUGGUGAUGGAUUUGGGAUGAAAGCUAUCAAGCAUCCAGCUAUGGAUGUCAUGGAGUGUUCAGAGAACAAGCAAUACUUUGAUUUUGAAUAGACAAAAUAAUGAUAUGAUAGCUUGAUCAAUGCAUCUUAGCCAUUUUGUGGUUGAGAAAAUCUUUUCUUGGAUCAGACUUGUAUACAACUCUCUUUCUUUCUGCUUUCUCCUUUAUCAGGAAUACAUUCCUUCCCUAGGAGGAAAAUUUUGGUGUAACAUAGAGAUGGAGAAGGUAGGAGAGGAGUGGCUAAUGUGUUGGAACUUGAAGCCACUAUGGACCUGUUUUAGAAGGUGCUAUUAAUUUUGUUGGACAUGGUUAUGUUGUUAAAAUAGCAGUUUUUAAAGUACUUCUUGGAUGUUGCACAGUUGGUGCUGCCAAAACUUUUUUUAAAACAGCUUUUUUGUGCUGUAAAACUAGUCGUUUAGUAGGAGCAAAGGCUUUUAAGUGGUCUUUGACUUUUGAAUAGAACAAUUUUUUUUUAUUCAA